GCGGAGCUAGAAAACCGUGAAGGGAGGAUUCGCCUCUGCGAGGGCUCACUGAGGAAACCUCUGAUUCAGACACUGGGAAGUCACUGUGAUUUUUCUCUUCAUUCCACUGCUGUCGCAGAGGAGGAAUGAUUGGGAAUAGCCUUUCUUUGUGCUAUCACAACAAACUAAUCUUAGCCCCUAUGGUUCGGGUAGGGACUCUCCCAAUGCGGUUACUGGCCCUGGACUAUGGAGCAGACAUUGUUUACUGUGAGGAGCUGAUUGACCUCAAGAUGCUUCAGUGUAAGAGAGUUGUCAAUGAGGUGCUCAGCACAGUGGACUUUGUCGCUCCUGAUGAUCGAGUCGUCUUCCGAACCUGCGAAAGAGAACAGAACAGGGUGGUCUUCCAGAUGGGGACUUCAGACGCAGAACGAGCCCUUGCUGUGGCCAGGCUUGUAGAAAAUGAUGUAGCUGGUAUUGACAUCAACAUGGGCUGUCCAAAAGAAUAUUCCACCAAGGGAGGAAUGGGAGCUGCUUUGCUGUCAGACCCCGACAAAAUCGAGAAGAUUCUCAGCACUCUUGUUAAAGGAACACGCAGACCUGUGACCUGCAAGAUUCGCAUCCUGUCAUCGCUGGAAGAUACCCUGAGCCUUGUGAAGCGGAUAGAGAGCACUGGCAUUGCCGCCAUCACAGUUCAUGGGAGGAAGCGGGAGGAGAGACCUCAGCACCCUGUCAGCUGUGAAGUCAUCAAAGCUAUUGCUGAAACCCUCUCCAUUCCUGUCAUAGCCAAUGGGGGAUCUCACGACCACAUCCAACAGUAUACGGACAUAGAGGACUUUCGACAAGCCACAGCAGCCUCUUCAGUGAUGCUAGCCCGGGCAGCCAUGUGGAACCCAUCUAUCUUUCUCAAGGAGGGUCUACAGCCCUUGGAGGAAGUCAUGCAAAAGUAUAUCAGAUACGCAGUGCAGUAUGACAACCACUACACCAACACCAAGUACUGCUUGUGCCAGAUGCUACGAGAACAGCUGGAGUCGCCUCAGGGAAGGCUGCUCCAUGCUGCCCAGUCUUCCCGGGAAAUUUGUGAGGCCUUUGGCCUGGGUGCCUUCUAUGAGGAGACCACGCGGGAGCUGGAUGCCCGGCGAGCCGAGCUCUCGGCCAGGAUUCCAGAGGAGGCAGGGGAGCCAACUGAAGACACCUCCGGUGUCAUUAAGAUGGCUGUCAAGUUUGACCGGAGAGCUUACUCACCCCAGAUCACCCCCAAGAUGUGCCUGCUGGAGUGGUGCCGGAGGGAGAAGUUGGCACAGCCUGUGUAUGAAACGGUUCAGCGCCCCAUAGAUCGUCUGUUCUGCUCUGUUGUCACCGUGGCAGAACAAAAGUACCAGUCCACCUUGUGGAACAAGUCCAAGAAACUGGCAGAGCAGGCUGCAGCCAUCGUCUGUCUGCGGAGCCAUGGCCUCCCUGAGGGUCGACUGGGUGAGGAGAGCCCGUCCUUGCACAAGCGCAAGCGAGAGGCCCUUGACCAAGGCCCUGGGGGCCCCAGAACUCAGGAGCCAGCAUCGCCUGGGGAGCUGUGCAAGAAACCUUUUAUGGCCUUGGAAAGUGGUGAAGAGAGUCCUCUGGAAGGCUGGUGAUUGUUGUCUCUGUCCUUGUCACACCCUCCAUGGGCCUGGCUCUAAGGUGGCUGUGGUACCAGAACAUGAACCCAGAUGCCAUUGGACAAUUUGUUGGCUUUACCUGGUGACACCUAGAGGUCCUGGCCUGGGCCAUCAGCCUAGUGCACAGGCCAAUGGGUGCGAGGGUGGAUCUGUCUCCCUUUGUAGGGCUGAGCUGCAGGGCCAUGUUCUCACCCACCUCAGUAUUUUCACUGAAAACAGGAGCUUUCCAGGUAGUGCUUCUCCGACCUGACAUUGGUACAGUGCAAUAAAGACACUCCCAGUACUCACCCAUGGCUGGCUGCUUCAGCCUUGGGCAUCUUCAUA